AUGGAUGCUCUUGAAAUUGAACAUUUAUGUAGUCAAUUAUAUAGUGGUAGUGGUAAUAAUGAUCAAAUGCGUACAGUUUCUCAACGUCUUGAAACAUUUGUUAAUCAAACAAAUUGUUUAUCACAAUGUCGUUUAUUACUUGAUCGUGCUUUAACACCCUAUACUCAAUUUUUUGGUGCUACAACAUUAAUAAAAUAUUUUAAUUCUAUAACAAAUCAAUCAUUAGUUUCAUUUACAGAACGUUAUGAAUUACGUGCAUAUAUUCUUGAAUAUUUAUAUAAACAUAAUAGUUCAUUAGCUUCAUUUGUAUUAGCCGAAUUAGUUAAAUUAUAUUCACGUUUAACAAAAAAUUCUUGGUUUGAUUUAAAUCCAAAUAUAAAUAAUGAAAAUUAUCCAUUCCAAACAUUUACAGAUGAUUUACUUAAAUUUCAAAUUGAUCCAAGACAGUUUUCAGUUGCUUUACAAAUAUUAAUAGCUAUUCUAACAGAAAUGAGUGUACCUAAUGAUGAAGAAAUAACAGCUAGAGCAUUUACCAAACAUCGAAAAAUUUGUAUAUCAUUUCGAGAUACAAAAUUAAUUGAUAUCUAUUUAUUUGCUGGUCAAUAUUUACGUGAUGUCAUCAUAAAUCAAAAAAAAUCUUUAGGAUUAUCAAUUGAAUUUAAUAAUUAUCCAAAAACAAUACAUAGUAUUCAAUUACAAUCGGAUUAUUAUAUUGUUGUUGAAAAAUUACUAUCAUUAGCAUUAUCUUGUUUAACAUAUGAUUUUCUUGGAACUGGUUCAACUAUUCAUGAUGUUGAUAUAUCAGAUGAACAUCAAACAUUACAAGUUCCACUUGCAUGGCAUGAUCAUAUUGUUGAUGGAAGUUAUUAUCAAUUAUUUUUUUCAUAUUAUUUUCUUUUUUCAAAUACAACACUUGUACCAUUAGCAAUUUCAUGUCUUGUUCAAUUAUCAAGUGUAAGAAGAUCAUUAUUAAAUGCAAAUGAACGUCUAAAUAUAUUGAAUUUAAUAACAUAUGGUAUUCGAUUGAUUAUUGAACAGCCUGGUGGUCUUCUAACUGAUGAAAAAUCUUUACAUGAAUUUUGUCGUUUAAUUGCACGUUUAAAAUCAAAUGCACAAUUACAUGAAUUAAUACGUAUUGAUAAUUAUCCAUUAUUUACUGAAAGAUUAUUUCGUUUUACAAUUGAUCAUUUAUUAAGUGUUCAUCAUCAUCGUUCAUAUCAUUUAUCACCAAAUACUCUUCAUUAUAUAUUAUCAUAUUGGUCAAAAAUUUGUGCAUAUUUAUCACAUGUAUCAAAAUUAUCUGAUUCAGAUGAUUCAUCAACAUUACAUUUACUUGAUAUAUAUGUUCCACAAAUUGUUUGUUAUUAUGUUCAAUCACGUUUAGAUGCAAUGAAUAAUGAUGAUGCACUUUAUAUUGAAUUAUUUGAUAAUGAUCAAACAGUAUUACAACAACAAUUAGAAAUGAUUAGUAUUAUGUCUAGAUUAGAUUAUAGUAAAAUAUGUGCACUUUUAUGUAAUUAUUUUGAUGAUAUUGCUAAACAAUAUCAACAAAUAACAAAUUCUGAAACAAUUGAAAGACGUUUUACAUUUCUUAUAUAUGUCCUUGGAUGUGUUAUUGGUGCACGUGGUAUAAUAUUAUCAUCAUUAUCAAUAUCAAGUGAAGAUCAAGAUUUAUUUGAUGGUGAAUUAGUUAUACGUGUAUUACAAUUAAUGACAUAUAUACAACAAAAAACAUCAGGUGAAAAUAAUCAAAAAUCUAUUAAUGCAGCAAUAACAACAACAACAAUAACAGAUAAAAUUAGUUCAACACCUUAUUCUGAAAGAUUAGAAUUAGCUGUUCUUUUCUUUUUUGAACAAUUUCGUAGACAAUAUAUUGGUGAUUAUGGACGAUCAAAUAAAAUUUAUCAAGUUCUUUUUAAACAUCUUGGUAUUGCCGAUGAAGAACAAUUGUUAUCAAUAUUUGUUAAAAAACUUUUUACUAAUUUACAAUAUUCAAUAGUAACAGAUAAAUUAAUUGAACGAACUGUUGGAUGUUUUAGUGAUUUAACUCAUGGUUAUCAAAGUGUUCGUAAAUUAGUUAAACUUGAUCCAAUACAAUAUUUUAUAAAUAAUCAUACACAAGAUUUAUUUCCAUUUCUUCAUCCAACAUCAACAAUGAAUCAUUCACAUAAUAGUAAUCUAAGUUUAAGUAGUUGGUCACGUUUACGAACAACAUUUUAUUCUUCUGUUGGACGUAUGUUAAUGUAUGAAUUUCAUUAUGAUGAUGAUGAUGAUGAACGUAUAGAAGCUUUUAUGACACCAUUUACAAAUCAUUGUACAAGAUUAGUACAAAUAUUUAAAGAAUUUCCAGAUUUUUCAUUACUCAAUCCUGGACAAUUCUCAGCUAUGACUCAAUUCAAUCCAAAAUUGGCAUCAUUAGACGAAAUUCAAUCUCUUAUUAUUGGUAUUAGUCGUGACCUACGUGGUUUAUGUAGUUCAUUAGUAUCAAAACAAGCUUAUACAUCAUUUUUUGAUUGGUUAUAUCCAUCUUAUUUACCAUUAUUUCUUAAAGCUUUAUAUGUAUUUUAUGAUCGAAAAGAUGUUUAUAAUCCAUUAUUAAAAUUUUUUUAUGAAUUAACAUCAAAUCGUCAAGAACGUUUAAUAUUUGAUUCAACCAAACCAAGUGCUUAUUUAUUAUUUCGUGAAACAUCAAAUUUACUUUAUAUAUUUCAAACAAAAACACUUUUACAUGUUAAUACAACAAUACCUGAAAGUGAUGGAGAUUUAUUUUAUAAAUCUAAACUUAAACCAAUUAUAACUAGUUUAAAAAUACUUCAAACAUGUUUAAUGGGUAAUUAUGUUAAUUUUGGUGUAUUUCAAUUGUAUUCUGAUCCAUGUUUUGAUAAUUUUUUACAAGUAUUUAUUUCAAUAUUAACAACAAUUAAAAUAUCACAUUUAUUUUCAUAUCCAAAAUUAACAUUAGCCUUUUUUUCAUUAAUUGAAACAUUUUCUACUGUUAAAAUUGAUUAUUUAGCUAAUUUAUCUCGACCAUUAUUUGGUUAUAUACUUGAAACAAUAAAUGAAGGACUUCUAUCAUCUGAACAAAUAGUACAAAAUGCAUGUUGUGUUUAUUUAGAUACAUUAUUAUCACAUGUUUUUCGUUCAGUUAAAAAACAUAUUGCAUCGGCUAAUUUAAUGACUAAUAUACAAGAAUAUGAAAGUUUAUUUCGACAAAUACUUGUUAAUUUACUUAAUAGUAUUAUAUAUUCUGAAUGCAAAAAUAUUUAUACAGUAUCAAAACCUCUUCUUGGUCUUAUAUUAUUAAAUGAAAAUAAAUUUUUUACUGAAAUAAAACAGCAAUUAUUAUAUGGUCAUACACAAGCUAAACAAGCUAUAUUAUCAACAGCAUUAGAUAAUUUAAUGACAGGUAUUGAUCGAACAUUAAAAGAAUCGAAUAAAGAAAAUUUUACACAAAAUAUAACACAAUUUCGAAGUAAUGUACAAGAUGCAUUAAAUGUUAAUACAAUUAUAUUAUCAUCAAUACCUGUUUCAUCAUCAUCAUCAUCAUCAUCAAAUGUAUCUACAAAUGUUCCAGUUACAAUUGCCAUUUCAAAUUCGAUACCAUCAUCUUCGAUGACAGCUCCUGUUGAAGAGUUAAUGACCCUGUGA